AUGGCAGUCAAUCGGGUAUCCGAAAUUUCACAAAACGGAAUCAGACCCGACCGUCCAGACGAAACUGGUAUUACGGUAGAAGGUCAUGGAGAUGAUGUUGUUAAUGAAGUGCAACUUGAAAAGAAGAUAGAAGAUGAAGUUGAUGAUGCUGAUCCACCACAAACUACUGAAGAACAAAACUCUAACAUUAAUUUGAAAGACAUUGAGAUGUGGCCUGCUAAGUUUAAUCACGGUGACGGUGUUCGGGAAAUCCUUGUACAACAAGGAUCGAAGGCUGUGCAAAAUACUGACCGUAAAUUCAAAGAAGUUGUACGUCCGGGACAAAUAACAAAACUGAAAGGGGAGAAUAGAAGAUUGUCAAGAAACAGGUUUUUUCGAACUUUACAAAACGGGGAAAAAAUCUUGAGAACUUGGAUGAUAUACUCUCCACCGAAAGAAGCCGUGUUUUGUUUUUGUUGCAAGCUAUUUUCAAGUGACAGUUUCAAAUCUUGGUGGAAAUUGAAUCCCAAGAUACAAGAAAAUGAAUCUAGCCCUGUGCAUGAGAAUGCGUUUACUCAGUGGAAAGAACUAGAAAUUCGCCUUUUCAAAGGCAUGGUAAUAGGCAAAGAACAACAAACUCUUGUUGAAAAUGAAACAAAGAAAUGGAAGCAAAUCCUGACUAGAUUCUUGGACAUAAUUAUGUUUCUUGCCAAGCAAAACCUAGCUUUACGAGGCCAUAGAGAAGACAUUCGAGUUGAGAAGGCAAAUGAAAAUGAAGGAAAUUUUCUGGAGCUUGUUCAACUGAUUGGAAAAUUCGACCCAGUGCUACGUGAACAUUUGGUAAAAGCAAAAAUUGAUAAGUUUAUAGCUUCCUAUUUCUCAUAA